UUUACUCACCAUUGGCUUCUCCUUCCCUUUGCGAUCGAGAGAGAGAGAGAGAGAGUUAUUGAGCCUACUGGUGUGCCUUCGUGCUAGGGGUUUUCGUUGUUACAGUCCUCCCAUGGCGCCUUCAGCUCCGUCAAGCUCAACACCUGAAUUUCAAAUGUCUAAAAAGCCACUUGGGUUAUAUGCUAACGCACUAAAACGCAAGGAUAGUUUCAUUCAGUUGUUGGCCAUGACUGGUAUUUUGCUUUUAAGCUUUCGAUCUUUGGGUCAGAAGUACCGUAUCAACGAUCUUCAAGAAGACACUACGGCUCUCAAACAAGAACAUGAAACCCUAGUUGACCGUAUGAAGAACAUCAAGCGCAGCCUCCUUCAUGAGGCAUCCCUCGAAUCCACUGGCCACUUUGCAUCCAGGCUUCGCCUUCUCUUCAGCGAUGAAGAUUGACUGCUUUAAGUCUUCAAUCUGAUAUAUUAAUCUAUUGUUUGGAGAGCUGCUGCUGAUUGAAGAGCUAGACUUUGGGCUCAUAUCUUCAAAGACAUUACUUAUAAAACUGAUUGUGCCCACCAACUAGCCCAAGGAAAACGCCAAGGGCACAGUUUCAUAUUCAAGUGAUGGAUAGUUUUUAGAAAAUUUUAUAGGGUAGAAUAGAUGUGCUGAUUCUUCAAAAAGUUUCCAUCAGUUAGAGAAAAGUUUGUUUUGUGCCCACGUGUUCUAUGAUGGCUGCACCAUUAUCCUUGCCUUAAAGAAAAAAAACUCGCAGGAAAAAAUACUCACUCUAGGGUGCACCCUAUACCCUAUGGGACUUGAAUGUGGACCACGAUGUGCCAAGGUUGUAUUACUUGUCUAACCCUAUAACAUUUGGGUGUCAAGAAAACUUAGUAAUUACCUCUUAGCUCUUUAUCAAAGUCAUGAUGGUUAAAUUUUCGCUAUUUGACGUAGUGCAUUUGAGCUAAUUCUCUCUAAAGAUGUAUUGCCUCUUUCUUCACAUCACCCAUGAGUCACGACCAAGUACAAGAACAAUCACAAUAUAAGCUUUUUUCUGUUUGGACCCAGCUACUUAGGAGCAUCAUGUAUGAACUGAUUGGGUGUACCUUCAAACUUAUGAGCAUCAUGUACCAUCAUCAUGUACCACUGCAUGCAUCACUACACUCAAUAAAGCUAUUCAACGAUCUAUUGAGCUCA